ACGCCGGAACGAAACGAGAAUUUCGCUUCCGGCAACGAACGGGGCGAGCUGCUCGGGCUGCCCGUGUCGCCAAUGGCUUCGACCAUGGCCGCAGCGAGGUUGAUGCUGUCGGUGGAGAUGCUUCAACGAACGGCCUUACUCGCCCCUGCGUCAAAUCGCGGAACGAGAGGCCGGAACAAAAGAAGGAUAAUUUCGCUCGUCGAGUCAUUUUAGACUUCCGCGAUCCCCGGAUUUGGGCGACGCGCAAAGCUGUCGACCUUGACGACGAUGAUGAGAAAUGCGUUCGCCAAGAAGCCAGAACGAAUCCAGAAGAUAAAGUUAGUCUCGGCAACAACGAGGGCAGCAAGAGCACCAGCGACAACGAUGACGAUAUCGCCUCGGUAAUCGGAAGUUUCCUGCUGAGUCCCAACUUGGACGAGGAGAAACGCAGUCGCCAAGAAGCCUGCAUGAAACAAGAAGAUAAAGUCGGUCUCGGUAGCAACGAGGGUGAAAACAGCAGCAGCGGCAGCGACAACGAUGACGAUGUCGCCUCGGCAAUCGGAA